AGAUUAAAAAACAAAAACAAAAUAAAAAACAGCCAGACAAGCCAAAUUUGCUUUUUAAUUUGCACAUAAUAUCUUUUCUCUCCGUCGUCGUUUGCGCCAUCGUCUAGAGUCUCCGCUUCGCCGUACGGCGUCACUUCGUGGCUUCCUUUUUGAUCUCCGAAUUCCUCUGUUUUGAUCGGUGCCUGGGAUUCGGAUCGGCUUUUGCUUGGUAAAUGCAUGGUGUUGUCUCAUUGAAAAAGUGACAAGAUACGCACCUUUUUACACCAAGUAAAUGGCUUCAGUGGGUGUGGCACCUACUUCUUGCUUGAGAGAAUCUAGUGGCCACACUGGAGGUGUAGAUAAAUUGCCUAAGGAGAUGAAUGACAUGAAAAUUAGGGAGGACAAGGAAAUGGAAGCUACAGUUGUUGAUGGUAAUGGAACCGAGACAGGUCAUGUAAUAGUCACAACCAUUGGCGGUAGAAAUGGUCAGCCUAAACAGGCUAUGGCGAAGUGCCUAAACGACGCCGUACACAAGCUCCAACUCUCGUUACUCGAAGGCGUAUCCACCGAUCAUCAACUCUAUACUGCCGGCUCGCUCCUUUCCAAGAGUGACUACAACGACAUCGUAACGGAACGAACCAUCGCGAACCUCUGUGGCUACCCGCUCUGCUUGCAUCCCCUGCCGCUGUCGGAUUCUCGAAAACACAAAGGGCGAUACCACAUCUCGCUAAAGGAGCACAAAGUGUACGACCUCCAGGAGGUGUACUUGUUCUGCUCCACGGGUUGUCUGGUUAACAGUAAGGCGUUUUUGGCUAGUUUGGGGGAGGAGAGGGUUAGGGUUGUGGACGAGAGGAGGAUUGAAGAGGUUUUGAAGGUGGUUGGCGCAGAGAGUGGUGUGGAGAGUGAGGUGGUGAGGAGGUUUGGGGAGCUGGAGAUAAGGGAGAAGGAUAGGGGGGAAGGUGAAGUUGGGGAAGUUGCAGCUGGGCCUUCAGAUGCUGUUGAAGGGUUCGUUCCGAAGGCCAAGUAUAAGCCGAAGACGACAAAGGUCAAAAGGGAAAAGAAUGAAGGGGAGGAUAAGGCGAAGAGCAAGUCUUCUCUUGAGAAAAACAAAGGGGUUAAUGCUAAGACUAAUCAGCAGAAUAGUAAAAAGGAUACAUUUUUUAGUGAUGUGAAUUUCAUGAGUACGAUAAUCAUGAAUGAUGAAUAUAGCAUUUCGAAAGUACCUUCUGGUUCAAUUGGUAUGACAUCCCAGUUGAAAUAUGAAGAAUCAAAAACAACAAAGGAUGGUAAAAACUUGGAGGCUCCACGUGCCACGUUGGGCUCUUUAGCUUCCAAAACAGAAGAUUCUGAUACAAUUAUGAUGGAAUCAAGUGAGAAGAGUCAAAGUGCAAAAGAUGAGCUUGCUAUUCAAGAGGUUCCUUCCACUUCAGCUCCUCUCCAGAGUGAUUCUAGUAUGAUCACUCUUGAAGCAGAAAGUGCCUGUCCUGCUGAGAAAGAACCUGUAUUAAGCGUAGGAAUGCCCAAAUCAUCUCUUAAAUCUUCAGGUUCAAAGAAACUCUGUCGCUCGGUCACUUGGGCUGAUGAGAAAACUGAUAGUUCAGGUAGUGGAAACCUUUGUGAAGUUAAAGAAAUGGGUGAUGGUGAUGGUGAUGAUGAUGCAUUACGCUUUGCAUCAGCUGAAGCUUGUGCAAUGGCAUUGAGCCAGGCAGUUGAAGCUGUGGCUUCUGGAGAUUCUGAUGCUGCUGAUGCUGUUUCUGAAGCUGGAAUUAUUAUAUUACCACAUCCACUUGAUGUGGUUGGAGAGGAACAAGUGGAGGGUGUGGAUUUGCUUGAACCUAAAGAAGCUUCUUUAAAAUGGUCCAGUAAGCCUGGGAUUCAACGUUCUGAAUUCUUUGACCCUGAGGAUUCGUGGUUUGAUUCUCCACCUGAGGGUUUCAAUUUAAGUUUGUCGUCUUUUGCAACAAUGUGGAUGGCAAUCUUUGCAUGGAUAACAUCAUCAUCUUUGGCUUACAUAUAUGGGAGGGAUGAAAGUUUCCAUGAAGAGUAUCUAUCAAUUAAUGGGAGGGAGUAUCCUCGAAAGAGUGUUUUGGGAGAUGGUCGCUCUUCUGAAAUCAAGCAAACUCUUGCUGCUUGUCUAUCUCGGGCUUUACCUGGACUUGUUGCUAAUCUCAGGCUGCCAGUACCGAUAUCUAUUAUUGAAAAGGAAGUGGGACUCUUGUUGGAAACAAUGUCUUUUGUUGAUGCACUUCCAGCUUUCAGAGUGAAACAAUGGCAAGUAAUUGCUCUUCUGUUUGUUGAUGCUCUCUCCGUCUGUCGGAUCCCUGCUCUUACACCGCACAUGACUAACCGGACAAUGCUGCUUCUCAAGGUGUUGGAUGGUGCUAAAAUAACUUCAGAAGAGUAUGAAGUUAUGAAGGAUUUCAUGAUACCCCUUGGUCGAGCACCUCAUUUCUCAAUGCAGAGUGGGGCUUAAUGAAAUGAAGUAUUUUCUUCAAUCAGACAGUGAGAGAUCUUUAUUUUGUACAUAAUACUGAAUUUUGAAACUUCGUUCAUUCAGAGUUUGACACACCGUGUCCAUUUCUCUGCAUAUUCAAUGUAUUCGGAGAAUUCACUGCAUUCAGAGACAUUAUUCAAUUGGUUUUACUUUCUUAA